UAUUGUAUUUUCUUACAAGGCACAUGCCUCUCAAUUCUAGGCAAGUUUUUUAAGCCAACGGAGCAAAACCCGACAAACAUGGUGUAUGUACAUGAAAAGUAGGAACUCGGAGAUUACCAGAAGCCAAUAGCUCCUUUCAGUUUCAGAUUCAAGUGUGUGUGAGAGAUAGAGAGAGAAGAGCACCCAGGAACAACCAUGGCGGCCGUAAGAGGUAGGCGGCUGCUGGUGUCGGAUUUCUUGAUGUCUUUCAUGUGGGUUUGGUCCAGUGUGCUCAUUAAGAUUUUUGUUUAUAAAAUAUUGGAUUAUGGCUCCCAUGAUAUGAAGGGUGAAAUUUUGAGGUAUGGAAUCUCCAUUGUCAACAUGUUCUUCUUUGCAUUCUUGGCCAAAGCUACCAAGGGUGGGGCCUACAACCCCCUCACCGUCUUGUCCUCGGCCAUUUCUGGGAAUUUCAGCAAUUUCCUCUUCACUGUCGGGGCCAGAAUUCCUGUCCAGGUCUUGGGGUCUAUUUAUGGGGUCAGGCUCAUUCUUGCGGCAUUUCCAGAAAUAGGACGUGGGCCACGUCUGAAUGUUGACAUAACUCGAGGUGCAUUGACUGAAGGGUUUUUGACGUUUGGAAUUGUAAUUAUAUCCCAAGGGCUCUCGAGAAAACUUCCUGGAAGUUUCUUCAUGAAGACUUGGAUCUCAAGCGUCUCGAAGCUCACUCUUCACAUGCUUGGCUCUGAUCUGACUGGAGGAUGCAUGAAUCCGGCAUCUGUAAUGGGGUGGGCUUUUACACGCGGGGAACAUAUAAGCAAGGAACAUUUAAUUGUAUACUGGCUUGCUCCUAUGGAGGCGACUUUGGCAGCAGUGUGGGCAUUUAGAGUUGUAGUUCGACCCGAGAAUGAUAAGACACCUAAGGUGAAGUCCGGAAAAUCAGAAUGAAAGGACAAUGGAUCAACUGUGUGUAUAUUAGAAUUGUGGGUAUUUUGAUGCAAUUAACAUGUAAAAUUGGCUUGCAGAAAGAUGUAUACAUUGCUGUUUUGGGUGGGUAGGUUCAAUGCAAUUGUAAUUCUCCUAAUGUCUCUCUCUCUCUUACACACCACACACGCACGCACGCACAAAUCUGUGUAUAUACAUAGGGGGCUUGGGAUGAAUGAUUCGAUCAAUUCCAGAGAUUCUGGGUUCAUUCAUCCAUGUGCAACAUAUCGUGCCAUUCACAGAAUUUGUCACAAAUCUGAUGUGGUCAUGUCACUUGGCACAAACACAUUCUAGCAUUACUGAAAGAAUUAAUCUAGAAGUACAUUCCUAGAUAACAUUGUUGUUGAUAUUGUGUGAGUUGUCAAAAUAUGAGCCAUUGAUUGUUUUAA